GAGGAACACAGCAGCGGCAGAGCUUGCGUUGGCACGCGCCGGGUACCAGCACUGAAAGAUCUGGACGCGCUGACACCACCCGGACCAGCUCAAGCGCCAUGGCUCAAGCGGCCAAACACCUGCGCAAAAACAAGGAUUUAGAAGCCCAAGCAGAGCAGGAGCGCAAAGAGAAAGAAGAGGAAAAGGUCAAGAAGAGGAGUCGCUCACGGGAUAAAAAGCGCAAGGCCCACGCCGUGCAUCGCUGGCUAAUCGAUCAGGACAGUAGUGUGAGCUCUGAGAUGCCGGAUGGCCAAGGAGUAUGGCUCUAUGAUGAUGAAACAGAUGCUGGCAACAGUUUUCUCCGAGUGGCCCGUUCUGGCAACCUGGACAAGGCCCUGGAACAUAUUAAGAAUGGCAUUGAUAUCAAUACAGCCAAUCAGAAUGGGCUCAACGGGCUUCAUCUUGCGUCAAAAGAAGGCCACGUCAAAAUGGUGCUGGAAUUACUUCACAACGGAAUUGUACUGGAGACCACUACGAAGAAAGGAAACACGGCGCUGCACAUUGCGGCCCUGGCCGGGCAGGAGCAGGUGGUCGCAGAGCUGGUGAACUACGGGGCCAACGUCAACGCUCAGUCCCAGAAGGGUUUCACUCCACUCUACAUGGCUGCACAAGAAAACCAUCUAGAGGUUGUGAAGUUUCUUCUGGAGAACGGGGCUAAUCAGAGCAUUCCAACUGAGGAUGGAUUCACUCCUCUGGCGGUGGCUUUACAGCAGGGCCAUGAAAAUAUCGUAGCCCUGCUCAUCAACUACGGCACCAAGGGGAAGGUCCGCCUCCCCGCGCUGCACAUUUCGGCACGCAAUGACGAUACACGCACAGCUGCGGUUCUUCUGCAGAAUGACCCAAACCCUGAUGUGCUCAGCAAGACUGGAUUCACACCCCUCCACAUUGCUGCACACUAUGAAAACUUGAACGUUGCUCAACUUCUUCUCAACAGAGGAGCCAAUGUCAAUUUCACCCCGAAGAACGGCAUCACCCCAUUGCACAUCGCAUCUCGACGGGGAAAUGUGAUCAUGGUCCGACUCCUCCUCGACAGGGGGGCGCAAAUAGAUGCCAAGACCAAGGAUGAGCUCACUCCUCUGCACUGUGCAGCGAGAAAUGGUCACGUCAGAAUCAUAGAAAUUCUUCUUGACAACGGGGCCCCCAUCCAGGCCAAGACCAAGAAUGGCCUGUCUCCGAUCCACAUGUCGGCACAGGGGGACCACGUAGACUGCGUCAAGCAGCUUCUGCAGUACAACGCAGACAUUGAUGACAUCACGCUGGACCACCUGACACCUCUUCACGUGGCCGCACAUUGUGGACACCACCGAAUGGCAAAAGCUCUGCUGGACAAGGGGGCCAAACCCAACUCUCGAGCGCUGAACGGCUUUACUCCUUUGCAUAUUGCGUGCAAAAAGAACCACAUGCGCGUGAUGGAUCUUCUGCUCAAACACGCAGCAUCACUCGAGGCUGUGACCGAGUCCGGCUUGACGCCGUUGCAUGUGACGUCUUUCAUGGGCCACCUCAACAUCGUGAAGAUCCUGCUGCAGAAAGGAGCGUCGCCCAGCGCUUCUAAUGUGAAGGUUGAAACCCCCCUCCAUAUGGCAUCCCGGGCAGGACACUUGGAGGUGGCAGAGUUUUUACUACAGAACGCCGCACCGGUGGACGCCAAAGCCAAGGAUGACCAAACACCCCUGCAUUGCGCCGCUCGAAUGGGCCACAAGGAGAUCGUGAAGCUGCUGUUGGAGCACAAAGCCAAACCAAACUCCACAACCACAGCAGGACACACGCCUCUCCACAUCGCUGCCCGGGAGGGCCACGCGCAAACCGUGCGCAUCCUUUUGGACAUGGAAGCACAGCAAACCAAGAUGACGAAGAAAGGCUUCACUCCGCUUCACGUGGCUUCCAAGUACGGCAAGGUAGACGUGGCGGAGCUGUUGCUGGAGAGAGGAGCUAACCCUAAUGCUGCUGGGAAGAACGGUCUGACUCCACUGCACGUCGCUGUGCAUCACAACAAUCUGGAUGUUGUCAACCUGCUUGUCAGCAAAGGGGGGUCUCCACACAGUGCCGCCAGGAACGGCUACACCGCCCUGCACAUUGCAUCCAAGCAGAAUCAGAUGGAGGUGGCGAGCAGCCUGUUGCAGUAUGGAGCUUCGGCCAAUGCUGAAUCUCUACAGGGCGUCACACCUCUCCACCUGGCCUCGCAGGAAGGACGGCCCGACAUGGUCUCUCUGCUCAUCUCCAAACAGGCUAAUGUCAACCUUGGCAACAAGAGUGGACUGACGCCGCUCCAUCUUGUGGCACAGGAGGGACAAGUUGGCAUUGCUGACAUCUUAGUGAAGCAGGGAGCAUCAGUCUAUGCAGCCACACGGAUGGGCUACACUCCUCUGCAUGUAGCGUGUCACUAUGGCAACAUCAAGAUGGUGAAGUUCCUGCUGCAGCAACAGGCCAACGUCAACAGCAAAACACGGCUCGGUUACACGCCCCUGCACCAGGCCGCCCAGCAAGGACACACAGAUAUUGCGACGCUGCUGCUGAAGCACGGAGCACAGCCCAACGAGACGACAACGAAUGGGACGUCGGCACUCGCCAUCGCCAAGAGGCUGGGCUACAUCUCCGUGAUUGACGUGCUCAAGCUCGUGACGGAGGACACCGUUUCCAUGACCACCACAGAGAAACACCGAAUGAGUUUCCCAGAAACAGUGGAUGAGAUACUGGAUGUGUCCGAGGAUGAAGGACUUGCACAGCUAACAUUAGGAGAGGAGCUCCUGGGGACCGAAGGGGCCAGGUACAUGAAGAUGGAUGACAUGAAAGACCAUGAUGACGAUUUCCUCUCCCCCAAGAAAUCACUGGAGUACGAGAGAGGGCUGGGCACAGCAAAUUACUCUCCAGCCAUUCCGAGGAUUCCGCGCGUUUCUCCCGAGACAGUGAUGCUGAAAGAACACGAGCUCGAUCAGCACACUCCACUUCCGCUGCCAAAAGAGUACGAUGAAGACUCCCUGAUUCCCAGCAGCCCGGCAACCGAGACGUCGGACAACGUCAGCCCGGUCGCCAGUCCCAUACACACAGGCUUUCUGGUGAGUUUUAUGGUGGAUGCCCGUGGCGGCUCAAUGCGAGGCAGCCGGCACAACGGUCUGCGCGUCAUCAUCCCCCCGAGGACCUGCGCGGCUCCCACCCGCAUCACCUGCCGCCUGGUGAAGCCACAGAAGCUUACCAGCCCGCCGCCGCUGGUGGAGGGUGAAGGCCUGGCCAGCAGAAUCAUCUCACUCGGCCCGGCUGGCAUGCAGUUUCUCGGACCCGUAAUUGUGGAGAUCCCUCACUUUGCUGCUCUGGGUCGUGGCGACCGCGAGCUUGUGGUGCUGAGGAGUGAGAAUGGAUCUGUGUGGAAAGAACACCGCAAUCGCUAUGGUGACGAAGUUCUCGAGACAAUCCUCAACGGGAUGGAUGAGGAUUUGGAAAGUCAGGAGGAACUCGGGAAGAAGCGAAUUCGCCGCAUCAUCUCAACUGACUUUCCGCUUUAUUUUGCCGUCGUGUCGCGGGUCCAGCAAGAGAGCGACCUGAUCGGCCCCGAGGGAGGGUCGUUGACGAGCAAACUGGUGCCGCUGGUCCAGGCAACUUUUCCCGAGACGGCGGUCACCAAGCGAGUCCGUCUGGGGCUGCAGGCUCAGCCCGUUCCUGACGAGUUGGUGGCCAAGUUGCUCGGUAGCCAAGCCAACUUUAGCCCCGUGGUGACAGUGGAGCCUCGGCGACGAAAGUUCCACCGACCCAUCGGCCUGCGCAUCCCUCUGCCCCCGUCGUGGCGGGACAGCCCCCGGGACUCUGGGGAGGGUGACACCACCAGUCUGCGGCUGCUUUGCUCUGUCAUAGGUGGGACAGCGGCAGCUCAAUGGGAAGACAUCACUGGUACCACUAAGCUUGUCUACGCGAACGAAUGUGCCAGUUUUACGACCAAUGUGUCUGCACGGUUCUGGCUCGCUGACUGUCCUCGUACAGCAGAGUCGGUCUCCUUUGCCAACUUGCUUUACAAAGAGCUUUCGGCUGUACCUUACAUGGCGAAGUUUGUGGUUUUCGCCAAGAUGAACGAGUUACGAGAAGGCCGCCUGCGCUGUUACUGUAUGACUGACGACAAGAUGGAUAAAACCUUGGAACAGCAUGAGAACUUCACAGAAGUGGCCCGCAGCAGGGACAUUGAGGUGAUGGAGGGAAUGCCGCUUCACCUGGAAUGUUCCGGGAAUCUCGUACCGGUGCGGAAGGCCGCCCAGCAGCCUCGCUGCUUCAGCUUCCAGGCCUUCAGAGAUAACAGACUCCCCGUCUCCGUGAAGGUGCGAGAUAGCAGCAAAGAGCACACUGGAUUCCUGUCUUUCCUCCGCAAGACCACCAAGUAUGAAGACAGUCAACAUGUCCUAUGCAACCUCAACAUUACCAUGCCUCCGUGUAUCAAGAUUAUUGGAAGUGAAGACCGCCGGCGAACUUUGACCCCGCUGGCUCUAAGGGAAAGAUACAGUGCCCUCAACGAACCUGCCAUGGCAUCAAUGAGUGCCAUGGAGAGGGCUGAGCUGAAGAUGGCUGUGAUUGCAGAACAGUUGGGACUGAGCUGGGCUGAGUUGGCUCGGGAGCUUCAGCUCAGUGUGGAUGACAUCAAUAAGAUCCGUGUGGAGAAUCCUAACUCCCUGCUGGAGCAGAGUUCUGCACUCCUCAACCUGUGGGCAACUCGCGAGGGCAAGAGAGCCAAAAGUCAGUGCAGAUCGCUCCUCUCAUGUCCCACUCCCGGUCCAGCUAGCGGUUGUCCUGACUCAGAGUGCGCCCCUGUAGUGGAGACCUUGUACGCGGCGCUGAAGAGCAUUGACCGCGUGGACAUCGUCACCAUGCUGGAGGGCCAACCAGCGCAGCCUAGCAGACAAGGCUCCCGUGAACUCGGCAGGCGGCAGAACGAAAGAGAACACCUCUCUCCUGCUAUGACCAAUGCUUGUACUUCUGGUUUCACGAAGGGUGACAAAUAGAGGGAUGUGCCAUUCGGAUUCUGGGACCAGUUGGGGAUGAACUGUUCCUAUAUCAUCGAAGUUCAAUGGCUUCAAAUACAUUUUCUGUCUCCAACCUCUAGGGGUGUCCAAACGACAGCCCAGGGGCCAUUUGCGGUCCUCUGUCCAUUUUUUAAUGGCCCGCGCCAUAUACUAAAAUGAGUACUUGACACAGCCCGCAACACUACAUUUUAUAUAUAUAUAUAUAUAUAUAAAAUCCCAAAUUCUUUGGUCAAGCACUUUUAACAGGAAGCUUGCAUGUGGAGUUUUUUUCAAAAAUAGCUAGACAAUAAAUGAAAUUUGAAGAAUAUAAAACUGAUCCUUGCGUCCUUAGAUUUUUCUGUACGCGGCCUUUGAAGGAAGACGUUUGGACAAGCCUUAAUGUAGAGCCGCACCAGAAUGUAUUUCCUUGACCCUGCACCAUACACCUUACUACAAUCUUUUGUGGCAAUCUUUUUUUAAGUAAGUAAUCCUGCUAACUGUAGCUUUCCUUUUAUCAAAGUAAAACAAGAAAGUUAGCGAAGACUUUUGCACAGUAAUGUAAAUUUCACAUCAUUUUCAAUGCUUCGUUGUGUUAAUUCAUUUUAUUGAAUUGAUCACACGGUCACGCCGCCUGUUUUGCGUCUCUUUUUGUUUUUUCAACAUUUGUUGAUUUCCUACCAGGAAGAGAGGAAGCUUGAUAACUAAUUUGUUACGCUGCAUUGCAGACUGCUGGGAAAAACAAAACAAUAAGGCUGAUGACCUCAGUAAGUGUGUUUAGCAUUAUGUUCAAAUCUCGUAGCUAUGCGACAAAUCUUUUAUGCAUUGUUGACACAGCCACGAUAGAGUGACAUCUUUAUAGCAAUUUCCAUGCAGAACAGGUUGUGAUACAUGCAGUUACUUAGUAUCACAGUUUUCUGGAGCAGAAAUGAACUGCUCAUUUGCUAUUUGUAAGUAGAUCAGUGUCGUAACUAUGACUUUAGGUCCGUUUUUACUGGAAACUAGCAUAGGGAAGGAUAGUAAUUACAUUCCCAAUAUAUUUGUAAUCACUGCAAUACACUGUAUGAAGUCAAAUGUAGCAAAACAUGUCAAUGGUCUGUGGCCCUUUACAACGAGUUUGGCAUUUUUAGACUGGAUGUAACGAGCAAUAGGUAUUUGUGUCUGUGAUCGUAGUGCAGCAGUUUGGAGUCUGCGAGUUAGCGUAGCACGUAGGUCGCGAGGUGGUUGAGGUCGCGAGUUGUCUCAGAUGUCCACUGCACUCUCAGCACUGCUCAAGUAUGAAGUGAAUGAAACGCUGACACCUCGGUGUCCUCUUGCUCUCUUUCUGCUGCGCAUGAGCACAUGCUCGCAUAUUCCUCCUAUUUCACCGUCUUGCGUUUUGAGCCAAAAGCAGUUCUAGUCUUAUUUUGGGGGGAAACGACCCAAAAAAACUCAUGCUCUGCUACCGUGCUUCAAUACAGCGGGCCUGCCUGUCUGUGUACAGUAUAUUUAUCACAGAUGUGGGAGUGACCUGAGUCCACAGCCAUUCCACUCAUGUGAUUUAACUACUGAUUUAAAUACUGAAUAUCGUCUGUCACAACAGAAGGAACGCCAACCUUCCAACUCUCGUGUACCUUGAAGCUUAAAUGUUUCUAGCGCUCUCAUUUUGAUUGAAUCAAAGACUUUGAGACCCCAAAGUGUGUGUGUGUGUGUGUGUGUGUGUGUGUGUGUGAUUGAGAUCGCCUGCAUGCAUGCUUUCCAGCCUGACAGCAAUAUUAACCUGCCUGUUAUCUUUGAGUGGGUGUAAGGCAUGCAGAAGUGUGAUGGAGAUGGAGAUGGAUGAGAGGGACACGUCGAGAGCGGGUCGAUGACGGCAUGUCGGACGGGCCAAUCGGCUCGAUUCGGGGGCUGUAACUGCUGUGGUCUCCCUGCAGGUGGCAGCCAGCAGAGCAGCAUCAGUCUCGAGUGGGCCUCAGUCUGACCUUAUUGGUCCAUAUGUGUCUGCUGCUGCUACGAAUGCCUGCCCCCACCCCCCACCCCCCAUUUUCUAGAAAUCCCUGCUCUUAUUUCCUCAGCACUUUGCACUUUAUUUCCUUUCUGAUUGUCUUGGCUCGUUCCUGAAUUGCCUUCCUACUCCUUUUCCAUUUGUUUCCCCUUCAGCCUCCUCUACCCCUCCCCAGUUUGCCCAGCUCCUGGGCAAAGGGGCACUCUCCCCCUCCCAGGCUCCCGGUGCUGCGGUUGCGAGGUGGGGAGCGAGGUGGGGUGGGGGAGUGUCAGUAUGCUUCUCUGUGUGUCGCUCCAGGUU